CGGAGCGAACAGUGAUUGCAGAUCAGUCAGUAAGGUAAACUAUCCCCACUCAUGAGGCGUGAGUAUUCGGUUUAGAUGCUGUGAAAUUCACGACGAAUCAUCAGUUAAACUUCAGUCGUGAUAUAAGCCGAAACGUUCCUUGUCAACAAUUGUUCAACUAUAAAAACAAAAAAAAAUAGAUAUUAUUCGUGUUUAGCCAGCCAUACACGUAAAUAUAUAUAUAUAUACCUUUAUACUCGAAGAAAUAUUGUACAGAACAACGAUGCCGAAUUUCGAUGCAAUUUUAUCCAAAGAUGAGCCCUACAAUCGCCUGAUCAAAUGUAUCGUCUCAAAUUCCUACUUCGAGUACUUCGAUUCGAGGGAUGAUCUUCCGAUACAUGUCAUCAAUACCUGCCUAAAUGCAUCAGCCAAAACUAUUACCCUCAAUGAAGGCAAACGAAUCGUCGAUUUCUUGUGCCAAGUGGAAUUAUACAGAGAUACCAUUCUUAAUAACUGUAAACUAUUCACAUUGAACAACACUCUGGUGUUCGACGCACCGAGGAAACACUUGGAAGCCAAAAUUUUUUCAUUUCUCGACAGUAAACGUCAUUUGAUCCUGAGAAGGAACAAAAGAGGCCAAUUGCCGAAAUCCGUCUCCUUUGUUGUGCUCAAGCAGGCAGCAAUCCGUGCAAACAAACUUGAGUUAGAAAAUAACUCGACCGAUUAUUAUAACCGAUACAUUUAUUCUAUUUACACGGCUAUUGGCAAGAAAUGGUGGCGAUCUCGUGUUUUGUAUGAGGAAAAUGUUGAACCUGUUGUACCUCAUGCUAUUCAUCAGAAUUCUAUCUGGCCAUCUCCUGUAUAUGUUAAGGAGCCAGAGCAAUCUGAAAUAUUCAGCAAACUGCCUCUCAAAAAACGAAUAUUGCAAAAUUUCAGGAGGCAUAAUCAAAAUUAUGAUAUUCAUGAGAAUGACCCCACGACGAUGAGUUCUCGAAACAUUGGUAUGGAAGAUAUCCAAACAAACGCCGCAAUCGACACCGGCGAGUACCAGAUUAUUGCACACGAUCGUCCCUCUCUAACUAUUACAAUCACGAAACGUCCAAGUUCAACUUAAUGAAAAACCUGGCAAUAUUAGAAUGUCUUUAUUGUAGGAAACAAUAAAAAUCGUCACAAACUUUA